GUUGCUUCGCGUUCUGUUUUCUAGGGGGGUGCUCUGGGUGUUUCGUGAACUAGAUCUUUGGUUGAAACAAGAAAACACAAAAUAGAGAAAAAAUCCAUUUUCCCUAUCCGGAUCCUUCAGCAGGAAGUUUUCUUCUCGUCGUUGCUGCAAUUUCAACUCCCAAGGAAGUUAAUUAAUUCCCCUCGUCGUAACAAUGAAAGUGCUGGUCAUCAUCUCGCUUUUUGGAGUGGCUUUGGCCGCCAAUGCCAUCAAUGCCGAAGAUGGAGUUGCUCCAGCAGCAUUCCAAGAUUCCAGCGCCGCCGCUAGGCGAAACGACAAACGAGCCAUCGGACUGGUAGACACCACCGGGCUAACCUACGACUACACUGCCCUUCACCAUCACCCGGUUGCUGUGGCUGCCCCAGUAGCUGCUUCCACUACCGUCGUCAAAUCCGCUGGCUAUCAUGGACUUCCUGUGAGUGCUGGAUACACCAACCUUGGCCUGGACAGACUGGGCUACAGCGGAAUCUAUCAUCCAGUGACCACCGGAUACACCACCAGCUACCAGACCGGAUAUGGAGGUCUCGGAUACGGCUCGGGAAUCCCAGUGGCAUCGGCAGCUGCCGGAUACGGAAAGUUGGUCCACCCCGGAACUACCACCUACCAGAAGGUGGUCCAAACCUAUCCUCAUCUGGGAUCAACAGUGGGAGCCGUGGCACCAGCCCUGGGCUACACCAGUUUGGCCGGAUAUCAUCCCGCAGGAUUGCUCUACUAACCUAAGCUUACCUCAAUUUACGGAAGUCCUCAAAACCAAAAA